CUUCCUUUCCCCACCAAAAUAAAAAAAAAAAAUGAAAAAGAGAAAGACAGAAAGAGAAUGGAAGAAGAAAAACGCGUAUUCUGAAAAAGAAGCCACCCCUCUCUCUUCGCCGCUGUUUUCUCUCUUCUGAUAAUUUCCCAAUCUCAACCACCGAACAAAAAAAAAGUAGGGUUAGGGUUUUCCGAAAACCCUUUCGUUUCGCCCACUGCAACUGAAAGGGGUUUUCGAAGAAGCUCUCUGCGAUGUUUUCUUCUUCUUCAGUGAUCAAAUGGAGGUUCCGUCACAAGUCCAUGACGCUCGUGCGACUCUUCCCACUCGUGUGCCUCCUUUUGUUCUCGCUAAACGACGUCGUUUCAUCCGAUUCCGACAAAUCAGUGCUCCUCGAGCUAAAACACUCGCUCUCCGACCCCUCCGGCCUGCUCACCACGUGGCAGGGCUCCGACCACUGCGCGUGGUCCGGCGUGCUCUGCGGCUCCGCCACGCGCCGCCGCGUCGUCGCGAUCAACGUCACCGGCAACGGAGGUAACCGAAAAACCCUUUCUCCUUGCUCCGAUUUUGCUCAAUUUCCCCUCUACGGGUUCGGAAUUAGGAGGAGCUGCGAGGGUUUUCGUGGAGCAUUGUUCGGUAAGCUUUCUCCGAAGCUCAGUGAACUCACAGAACUUAGGGUUUUGUCCCUUCCCUUCAAUGACCUCGAGGGAGAAAUUCCCGAGGAAAUUUGGGGCAUGGAGAAGUUGGAGGUGCUUGAUCUUGAAGGAAACUUGAUAAGUGGGGUUCUCCCUCUUAGGUUUAAUGGCUUGAAAAACUUGAAGGUUCUUAAUCUAGGGUUUAAUAGGAUUGUUGGGGAGAUUCCGAGUUCGCUGUCUAGUUUUAAGAGUUUGGAGGUUUUGAACUUGGCUGGGAAUGGGAUUAACGGUUCUGUUCCUAGCUUUGUUGGGAGGUUGAGAGGGGUGUAUUUGUCUUAUAACUUGCUUGGUGGGGCAAUUCCGCAGGAGAUUGGGGAACAUUGUGGGCAACUGGAUCAUCUUGAUUUGUCUGGUAAUCUUUUGAUGCAGGCAAUUCCGGGGAGUUUGGGCAAUUGUAGUGAGUUGAGGAUGAUUUUGUUGCAUUCGAAUUCAUUGGAGGAUGUUAUUCCUGCUGAGCUUGGGAGGCUUAGGAAGCUUGAGGUGUUGGAUGUGUCAAGGAAUACGCUCGGUGGGCAGGUGCCGAUGGAGCUUGGGAAUUGUACUGAGUUGUCUGUGCUGGUUUUGUCUAAUCUUUUUAGUUCGGUUCCAGAUGUUAAUGGUACCGUGAGGGACUUGGGGGUGGAGCAGAUGGUUUCUAUGAAUAUUGAUGAGUUUAAUUACUUUGAAGGUCCGGUUCCUGUUGAGAUUAUGAACCUUCCUAAGCUGAGAGUGCUGUGGGCGCCUAGGGCGAAUCUGGCAGGCAGUUUUCCGAGCAGUUGGGGCAAGUGUGAUAGCUUGGAGAUGCUUAAUUUGGCUCAAAAUGAUCUCACUGGGGAUUUUCCUAAUCAGCUUGGUGGCUGCAAGAAUCUCCAUUUUCUUGAUUUGAGCGCAAACAACUUUACUGGUGUGCUUGCAGAAGAACUUCCUGUGCCUUGUAUGACUGUAUUUGAUGUUAGUGGAAAUGUCUUAUCUGGCCCAAUUCCUCAAUUCUCUGUUGGCUUGUGUGCUUUGGUUCCUUCCUGGAGUGGAAAUCUGUUUGAAACAGACGACAGAGCACUUCCAUACAAAUCCUUUUUUGUGUCUAAGAUUCUUGGAGGAACCAUUUUGUCCUCACUAGGAGAAGUUGGCCGUUCUGUUUUUCACAACUUUGGUCAAAACAACUUUGUUAGCAUGGAGUCAUUGCCAAUAGCACGUGACAGGCUGGGGAAGGGGUUGGCUUAUGCAAUUCUUGUUGGAGAAAACAAGUUGGCGGGACCUUUUCCUACUAAUUUAUUCGAGAAAUGUGACGGACUAAAUGCAUUGCUUUUAAAUGUGAGUUAUACUAUGAUAUCCGGUCAGAUUCCUUCUAAGUUUGGUGGAAUGUGCAGAUCAUUGAAAUUCUUGGAUGCAUCUGGUAAUCAGAUUACUGGGCCAAUCCCUGUAGGUUUGGGGGAUAUGGUUUCUCUUGUUUCUCUGAACCUAAGUCAGAAUCGUUUACAAGAUCAGAUUCCCGGUAACCUUGGCCAGUUGAAAGAUCUGAAGUUUCUCUCUUUGGCUGAGAAUAACUUAAGUGGUUCCAUCCCUACCAGCCUGGGGCAGUUGUACUCUUUAGAAGUCCUGGACCUUUCUUCAAAUUCUCUUACAGGUGAAAUUCCAAAAGGUAUUGAGAACUUGAGAAACCUAACUGAUGUAUUGCUUAACAACAACAAACUUUCUGGACAGAUUCCUGCUGGUUUGGCAAAUGUCAGUACACUGUCAGCAUUUAAUGUGUCAUUCAAUAACUUAUCUGGAUCCUUGCCUUCAAAUGGUAACUCAAUAAAAUGCAGCAAUGCUGUUGGGAAUCCGUUUUUACAUUCUUGCAAUGAAGUUUCUCUUGCUGUGCCAUCAGCUGACCAAGGGCAGGUUGAUAAUUCCAGUUCUUAUACUGCUGCACCACCAGAAGUUACAGGCAAAAAGGGUGGGAAUGGUUUCAAUUCUAUUGAAAUAGCAUCUAUAACAUCUGCAUCGGCCAUUGUUUCUGUUCUUCUAGCCCUAAUUGUCCUUUUUAUUUAUACACGGAAGUGGAACCCUAGGUCCAGGGUUGUUGGGUCUACAAGAAAAGAAGUUACAGUGUUCACUGAUAUUGGUGUUCCAUUGACAUUUGAAAAUGUUGUUCGGGCCACAGGAAAUUUCAAUGCUAGCAACUGCAUUGGGAAUGGAGGAUUUGGGGCAACCUACAAGGCAGAGAUAGUACCAGGAAACUUGGUGGCUAUAAAACGUCUGGCAGUUGGACGAUUCCAAGGUGCUCAACAAUUCCAUGCAGAGAUUAAGACCCUUGGAAGGCUUCGUCAUCCAAAUCUUGUCACUCUGAUUGGUUAUCAUGCCAGUGAGACUGAGAUGUUUCUCAUAUACAACUAUUUGCCAGGUGGCAAUCUGGAAAAGUUUAUCCAAGAGAGAUCCACAAGGGUAGCGGAUUGGAGGAUUCUUCACAAGAUUGCAUUGGAUAUAGCCCGUGCACUUGCAUACCUGCAUGAUCAGUGUGUACCCCGAGUUCUUCAUCGAGAUGUCAAGCCCAGUAAUAUCUUGCUGGAUGAUGAUUACAAUGCUUAUCUAUCUGACUUUGGAUUGGCUAGACUUCUGGGAACCUCAGAAACCCAUGCUACCACUGGUGUAGCAGGAACGUUUGGCUAUGUUGCUCCUGAAUAUGCCAUGACUUGUCGUGUUUCUGACAAGGCUGAUGUGUAUAGCUAUGGUGUGGUGCUUCUGGAGUUACUCUCUGACAAGAAGGCAUUGGAUCCUUCAUUUUCUUCAUAUGGGAAUGGUUUCAACAUAGUAGCAUGGGCAUGCAUGCUGCUGCGACAAGGCCAGGCAAAAGAGUUCUUCGCCACCGGCUUAUGGGAUACAGGUCCCGAAGAUGAUUUGGUAGAGGUCCUACACUUGGCUGUUGUGUGUACGGUUGACUCUCUCUCGACCAGACCUUCAAUGAAACAUGUUGUACGGCGGCUUAAGCAACUUCAACCGCCAUCAUGCUAGUCAUUCAUCCUGGUGAGACUGUGCUAGUUUGACAUAGCAGUAAUCUUAGAAAAUAUUGUAAUUUGUGAUUUAGCAUGGAGUCCUUUUUUGUGGACUGCUCUUAGGUUGAGUUGGAAAUUGUACUUAAUCCCCUCUCCCUUCCUUCCCUGUACAUUGUAAUAUAGCAGUGCCCCCAAUUUUCGAUGCUCCUUUCCUGAUUAGGUUAGGGGGCUUGGUGAUGACUCUGCAGAAGAAUGCAGAUAUUUGAUGUCCAGCGCCAUACCUCUCUAUUCUAGUUUGAUUUGUUCAAUAAAAUCAUAGAAUAGAAUCAGUUUCCUGAAAGAAGUUUUUGCUGGGUUCUCCUGCGCAAUGUCUUGUUUUAUUUGGUUGACAAGGUUGUUUUUGGGGGGGAAACCCAUGCCUGUCUAGUCCCGGCAGACAAUGUGCUUUUAGGGUACAAUGUUGUAACGAGGUUGAGUUUGUUAUUAUAUCUUAUAAACCAUUUAAAUCCCUCA